AUGGCUGCCCAGUUCGCCUCCCAUGGCCGCGGCGGCGCAGGCAACAUGGCCGACGCCGCCAAGUCCGCCAAACUCAACGCCUCCGACCUCGAGACCCCCAUCCUCAAGACCCCCGUCGUCACCACCGGCCGCGGCGGCACGGGUAACAUGACGAGGAACGACGACCCCAAAGAGACUCGUCUUCGUCAGGAUGUCCAGGCAGUACCCAGGCGGCUCAGCGCCGGAGCCCAGCUCGGCGGCCGCGGCGGCGCAGGCAACGUCUUCAAGGGCGAGGAAGAGUUCGAAGAGCUGGCGCGCAACCGGAGCAUCGAGCAGGCCAUCGACGAGGCCCCCGAGAGGACGUCGGACAAGGCCUCUGACAAGUCGGUCGACAAGACGGACAAGGCCGAGGGAACAACGACGACAAAGCGGCGGUGGCUGUUUGGCAAGAAGUGA